UGACAGCCGUUAGUUCCUGCUGGUGACGGGCCCUGCGGCCGGUCAUUCCGCCGCCUUCCGCUAUGUCUGACCUCGGGGACUGGUUCCGCAGCAUCCCCUUCAUUACACGAUAUUGGUUCGCCGCUUCCAUCGCUUUUCCUCUCAUCGGGAGACUUGGUCUCAUCAACGGUGGGAAUCUCAUUCUGUGGCCAGAGUAUUUCCUGCACAAGUUCCAGAUAUGGAGACCGAUAACGGCAACGUUUUACUUCCCCGUGGGGCCCAAAACUGGCUUCUUGUACCUGGUGAACUUGUACUUCCUGUAUCAGUAUUCAACCAGACUGGAAACAGGGGCGUUUGAUGGGCGGCCAGCGGAUUACGUCUUCAUGCUCCUGUUCAAUUGGAUCUGCAUUGUGAUAACUGGAGUCAUAAUGAACAUGCAGCUGCUGAUGAUCCCCCUGAUCAUGUCGGUUCUGUAUGUCUGGGCCCAGCUCAACAGAGACAUGAUUGUGUCAUUCUGGUUUGGCACAAGAUUUAAGGCCUGUUACCUUCCUUGGGUCAUUCUUGGAUUCAACUUUAUCAUAAGUGGAUCGGUGGUCGACGAACUGAUUGGAAACCUGGUGGGGCAUCUCUACUACUUCCUCAUGUUUAAAUACCCCAUGGAUCUCGGAGGGAGAAGUUUUCUUACCACACCACAAUUUUUGUACCGCUGGUUUCCCAGCAGAAGAGGAGGUGGGUCAGGAUUUGGCGUCCCCCCAGCCAGCGCCAGGCGAGUGGAGGACGAGCAGCCUGGGGCCGGUAGAAGACACAACUGGGGACAAGGCUUCCGCCUAGGAGACUAGAGAAAAACGCGCUCUCCCUACUGGGGGAAAAGAGUGCGAGCAAGAACAUUUCUUUUUUUAAAUUUUCUUGGUAAAUUUAGAACUUCCGGACUUCACCGCGCAGGAAGCAGCCGCUGGCCAAAUGAAGACAAACAUUUUGUUGCGUCCAUAUUGCAACUGAUGCAAAGGCGGCCCGGAAGCUUCCCACCCCCUGCGCCUUCAGGCUGCUGUGUGUCCUGCCCACGUGUGUGCGGCGCUGAGCCAGACCGGGUUACCGCACAUUUACUGUUCCUGAAAUAUUCAAGUUGGCAGACCGGGAACAAUGUUGGUCAUUCUCCCCCGAGUAGAAUAAAAUCUUCUUUCCACCGCGAUGCUCGGAGGUUCCGGAGACCACCAGAUUCUCCUCGGCUCUGCGCUUUAUUGCCUCUCUCCCGGGCAGCAGUUUUCAGGGAAAAGAUGUUUUAGUAAUGUCGGGGAGGCAAUAAAAACAGAAAUGUAUUUAAAUUUGCCUCGUCCGAGAACCGGUUUUGUUGCCGUCACAUGGCGUAUUAUUAUUUUCUAUAUUUUCUUUAUAUGUCAUUAAAGGGGUGGUUCACCUUCAA